CGGUUUGCCCGGGGGAGGAGCGGAAGGGCUGCUGGGAGAGCGAAGGACUUGGCUUAGAGCGCUGAGCUGGCCCCGUGGAACGUCGAGGCUUCCCUUUUGGAACGUUGAUACACUUCGGAACGCUCGCGGUUUGCUGCGGCGCCGAGGCGAGGCCCGAUCUGGUGGUGCUCCAAGGACCAAAGGCUGCUCCCGGGAGACGCGAGUUGUUGUGUUGAGUCCCACUGGCGGGGCCCUGCGGGCUUUCGGUGAGCGACCGGCUUGGUGUCCGCAGUUCGAUGGUUUGUUCCGACCGAGAUGAGCCGCCCGUCCUCCGCCGGACCCAGUGCUAACAAACCUUGCGGCAAGCAGCAGCAGCAGCAGCACACUCCGUCUCCGGCUGCUGCCCCCGCCGCUGUCGCCAACGCCGCCGCCGCCGCCGCCACCAUCUCGGCAGCCGGAGCCGGCUCCUCCGCGGUCCCUGCCGCGGCCGCUGUGAUCUCAAGCCCUGGAGGAGGGGAAGGCAGCGGGGGGCCGGUGUCGCCUCAGCACCACGAGCUCACCUCGCUUUUCGAGUGCCCGGUUUGCUUCGACUAUGUGCUGCCCCCGAUCCUGCAGUGCCAGGCCGGGCACCUGGUGUGCAACCAAUGCCGGCAGAAGCUGAGCUGCUGCCCCACGUGCAGGGGCUCGCUCACCCCCAGCAUCAGGAACCUGGCCAUGGAGAAAGUGGCCUCGGCCGUCCUUUUCCCUUGCAAGUACGCUACCACAGGCUGCUCCCUGACACUCCAUCAUACAGAAAAGCCCGACCAUGAAGACAUUUGUGAAUACCGCCCUUACUCCUGCCCGUGUCCUGGUGCCUCCUGCAAAUGGCAGGGCUCGUUGGAAGCAGUCAUGUCUCACCUCAUGCACGCCCACAAGAGCAUCACCACCCUUCAAGGAGAAGACAUUGUCUUCCUCGCCACAGACAUUAACUUGCCGGGGGCUGUCGACUGGGUGAUGAUGCAGUCUUGCUUCGGCCACCACUUCAUGCUGGUGUUAGAGAAACAAGAGAAGUACGAGGGCCACCAGCAGUUCUUCGCCAUCGUCUUGCUCAUUGGCACCCGCAAACAAGCGGAGAACUUUGCGUACAGACUCGAACUGAACGGCAACCGGCGGAGGCUGACUUGGGAGGCUACGCCGCGCUCCAUCCAUGAUGGUGUGGCAGCAGCCAUCAUGAAUAGUGACUGUCUUGUUUUUGACACUGCCAUAGCACACCUUUUUGCAGACAAUGGGAACCUUGGAAUCAAUGUGACUAUUUCUACGUGUUGUCCAUGAUAUUUCUGUGUAACUAGUGAGACCACAUGCUUGUCUGGACAUAAUGCUUUUAUGUUUUACCGAUUUAUUUAUUUUAAAAAAUGGUAU